AUGCCACAACUAGAUACAUCUACAUGAUUUAUUACUAUCUUAUCCUCCACAAUCACCUUAUUCGCACUCAUACAAUUAAAAAUCUCAAUACUAAACUUCCCUCUAAGCCCUUCAAUUAAAUCCACCGAAUUAAUAAAAACAGACAACCCAUGAGAACUAAAAUGAACGAAAAUCUAUUCGCCUCUUUCAUUACUCCCACAAUAA